AUGUCUUUGAUUCACGCCGACAACUUGGCUCCCCAGCCAAUCACUGAUAUCUUCACCGAUGACACCUGCAUCGACCGCCGCAAGUGCCACCGCACCGUGCCCAUGAAGGUGCUGGCUCUGGGUGUGGGAAGAACCGGAACUGCUUCCCUCCGCAUUGCCCUCGAACGUCUGGGCUACGUCAAGACCUACCACAUGAUGUCCGCCAGUAUGGAGAACCCUCCCGACUGCUUGAUGUGGCACGAUGCUCUCGCUGCCAAGUACGACGGUGUCGGCGAGUUCGGUAGAAAGGAAUGGGACCAGCUUUUGGGAGACUGCCAAGCCGUCUGUGACUGGCCUGCCUGUGCCUUUGCUAAGGAGCUGAUCGAGGCCUACCCCAACGCCAAGGUCAUUCUGACCACCCGUGAUGUUGAGUCGUGGCAUGCUUCCGUCAUGAAGACCGUUUGGUGGCGUGUCUCCGACCCUGAGCACAAGUUCGUUUCGAACUUCAGCUGGGCCGCUAGCAUGUACUACCCCAUGCUCAACAAGUUCUUCCAGACCUUCUUCCGCGGCGACUUCCCCAACAAGGGCAAGCAGGUCUACCUUGACCACGUUGAGGAGGUCCGCAGCCUGGUUCCUCCCGAGAGGCUCCUCGAGUACAAGAUCGGCGAGGGCUGGGGCCCGCUUUGCGAGUUCCUGGGUGAGGAGGUCCCCGACACUCCUUUCCCCCGCGGUAACGACAUGGCCGACUUCUUCAAGCGCUGCCGCGGCCGCAACAGGCGCCAGAUGCUGAACGCCGCUCUGCAGGCUGUCACCAUGGGUGGUGCUCUGCUGGCGACCGGCUUGGUUGCUACCAUGGCCUUCAAGCGUUUCUCUCGGUAG